AUGGAGUAUGUCCAGAGAAGGGCGACCAAGAGGAUCAAAGAUCUGGAAUCCAAGCAACUCAAGGAGCUGGAAGAAAGAAAGAAAGAAGGGAAGAAGAGGGGAAGGGGAGGAAGAAGGAAGGAAAAGCAGAAGAAGAAGGGAAGGGGAGGAGAAGAAAGAAGGCAGGCAGGCAGCCCUGUUGGGGAUGGCGUCGCCUUCUUCGGGUUCCCGGCCGGGGUUUCCCCCGGGGCCUCUUCUCCUUCUCCUUCGGGGGCGGAGGUGGCCUCUGCCUUGCUACAAGCGCUGCUCCUCCUCCUCGUGCUCCUCCUCUUCGGGGCCCCGGAGUCGCUGGGGCCCAGCGCCCGCUCCAGUUCGCCGGCGGCAGCAGCAGCGAGAGGCGCCCGGCGGCGGCGGUGGCCCAGGGCCGGCUCGGAGGGCAGCAGCCAGCAGCAAGGGCGGCGGCGGGGCCCAGCCAGCAGCAGCCGGAGCUCUGGUGCUGAGCCUGGGCUCGACCUUCGGCGCCUCUCCUCCUCGGCUGGCAGCGCAGCAACGGCACCGGCAGCAACCGCUCCUCCUCCUCCUCCUCCUGCUCGCCCUCCUCCUCCAGCGAAGCUCCCGGGGCUCCGUGAGGGAGGAGGAGGAGUGUGCUGGUGGUCCUUCCCAGGGAAGAAGAAGAGGAGGAGGAGGAGGAGGAGGGCGAAGAGGGCAAGGGCCGGCGGCCGUGGGCUCCAGGGCAGGAGGGAGGCCGGGCCCACGCGCCCAGAGGGAAGCUCGAGGCCCUGGCCCUCCGCCCUCGAGAAGGAGCUGCUCCAGCAGAGCCCCAAGAACAAAGGACCGUACUUCGGCAUCUGCGUCAAGUGCGGAAAGGGAGUCUAUGGGGCCAGCCAAGCCUGCCAGGCCAUGGGGAACCUUUACCACACCAACUGCUUCACCUGCAGCUCCUGUGGGAGAAGGUUGAGGGGGAAAGCCUUCUACAACGUCAAUGGAAAGGUCUACUGCGAAGAAGACUUCCUUUAUUCAGGUUUUCAGCAAACGGCAGACAAGUGCUUCAUUUGUGGACACCUCAUAAUGGAGAUGAUUUUGCAGGCCCUGGGGAAGUCCUACCAUCCCGGCUGCUUCCGUUGCGUCGUGUGUAACGAAUGUUUGGACGGCGUCCCCUUCACCGUCGACCUGGAGAACAACAUUUAUUGUGUCAAAGACUAUCACACGGUUUUUGCCCCAAAGUGUGCUUCCUGUAACCAGCCAAUUUUACCUGCGCAGGGUUCGGAGGAGACGAUCCGUGUCAUAUCGAUGGACCGGGAUUACCAUGUGGAGUGUUACCAUUGCGAGGACUGUGGCCUGCAGCUGAAUGCCGAAGAGGGCCGCCGCUGCUACCCUCUGGAGGGGCACCUGCUUUGCCAUGGCUGCCACAUCCGGCGCCUGGGCCUGAAGGGCUUCAUGGCGCAUCCUCCGCCCAGCGGGUACCCAAUGCACAUCACAGAACUAUGAGGGCCUUUUCCCUUCGCGCCCGUCAGAGCCAAUGGGAGGGAAACCUUUUCGGAGGGAGGGGCAGAAGAGCUCCGCAGACAACCCUUUCUUUAAUUUAUUGCUUCCAAGACUGUGGAGGGAGGAGGGUUUUCCCAAGGGUUCUGCAUCGGAGCGAUCCAUCGGCUUCAGCAAUUCCUCCCAAGACAACAGAGUACUUGAAAAAGGGACAAACCGCACCAUUGCAGUUGGAAAUGCGGAGCGGUUUUCGACAUUCUUCCUUGGAAGGGCUUCUUAGGAUCGUCUUUAGGAGGUCUCCAUUUUCCCUGGCGGACCUUUGGAGUCCCUGAAUGGUUUUUAGCGUUCACCAGCAGCGCUCUUCAGGAGAAGGUUGCAUUUUAGGCUGCGUCUCGUGCCAGUUUUCUUCUUAUUCUUUUAAGCCGCUUCAGGAGCCCCAGAAGUCAUUCCAGGAAGGAAUCAAGGUUGGGUUUUAAAGGGUAAUCCAGUUAAAAAGGCAGGUGUUUUCUCUGGGAAAUCUUCACGGACUUCAACCAUGGUUUUAUUAAAUGCAACGCCAGCCAGAGAGAGAGAAAAGGGGAAAGCACCCAAGCUGCUAGUGGCUUCUAUAUUUGCUUCAGGGGGAAAAAAUACCUCUUCCAAAGGGAUGGAGCACUUAAUAUUUCUCCCCAAAAUACAGCUAUUUAUUUGAGAGCUUGCUUUCUUCUUUUUUCCCUUUCAGUUUUGCAUUGAUUUGCCUUUUGCAUUCACGAAAAAAGCAGGGCUUUGUCUUGUGUAUUUUACUCUGAAGCAAAACAGGGAAAGAAUCUGUACAGGAUUCGCACUGUGUCCUCUACUGUUAUGUAAAAUCCCCAAAGGAAGAAAUCGCAGAAAUAAUAAAGAACUUGGUCCCAAGAGAAGUCUGAAUUAGAGCAAAACCCAUUAAAGGGAAUUGUGUUAAAUUGUGAUGAACAGGGAUUUCGGUGAGUCUUCUCUGGGAUGAAGAUUCAAAUUGGAUUUGGCCCAUUAAUUAAAACAUCAUUAUUUCAGAUCAAGAAGGUGCGCAUUUUGAAAUUUUGAAUGUUGGUAAAUCCAUGGAAGAGCUUCUUUCAAUUAAACCAAAACUCUUUAACAAAGGCCUGCAAACGCUGGUUUCUUCUGCCCCAAGUUUGAUUCCUCCUUUGAUUAAUACCAGAACGAGAGUAUAUAAUUUGACUUAAAUUAAGUUUUUUCCCCUUGAAAAAUAUAUAAAUAUAUAUAUAUUUUCAUUUUCUUUAAAAGAAUAUAGUUUCCUUCCAAGAACUUGGACCAAUGUUGAUUUUUUUAUUUUGUAGGAAAUAUAUAAAUGGCUCGGUUUGUGUGUGUGUGUAUAUAUAUAUAUAUAUAUAUAUGUAAGAUGUGUCUAGUUUUAAAUGCUGCAAAUACGUUAGUCGAAACGGAUGUUUGUAUAUAUCUUUCUCUGGCCUUUUUAGUACAGUACAUAGAUGUGACUUGUUGGGGUUGUGUUGUUGUUGUUGUUUUUGUAAUGCCGUUGAUUUUUCCUUCCUCGGCGAAUAAAACGUUGGGAAAUGUAGAUUUAUUUAUCUAAAAGAAGAAGCAAGCGGCGAACGUCCUCUUAAGUUAUUUUGAAUAUUAAACGGUCAGAAUUUCCACUUCGCCCUUUAGAUGUUAUUCUCUGCUCUUUGCAAUAAAGGCGCUUGACAGAUA